GGUGCCGUGCCACUGUGUCCUAGUAUUUUCCUUUAAAGAUGUCUGUCUGAUGGACAGUCCACGGGAAUGUUUAUUUUCUAAUUCCACACACUGACAAGCGAAGCGUCACAGUCGUAGAAACUGAUGUGAAGUGCAUCAAUUAUUCAGAGUGGGAUACUAUGCAAUAGGAAAAGGACAAGGAGUUUCCCGUGAGAAGUUGCGGCGGAUGCCACGUGCAGCUCCGUGCCUGGAGACGGGCAGGUUAAGACUACCUUUUGCUGCCCUCGUGAGUGAUGAACCCUUUCUGGAGCAUGUCCGCAAACACCAGCCGUAAGAGGCCAGACGGUGAGGAUAGAGGGGGACAGGGUUCACCCAGGCUGGGCUCCCCUCGGGCCUACGGCAGGAAGCAGCUUCCCUGCAUCCCGAAAAACGCCGUCCCCGUCACGAAGCCCCUCUCGCCCGCUGUGUCCGUGCCGCCCGCCAACGGGACCCACGCGGCGUACGGGCCGUUCUACCUGGAGUACUCGCUGCUGGCGGAGUUCACGUUGGUGGUCAAGCAGAAACUACCUGGAAUUUAUAUACAGCCUUCCUACCGAUCAGCAUUAACGUGGUUUGGGGUUAUAUUUAUAAGACAUGGUUUGUAUCAGGACGGGGUCUUCAGGUUCACCGUCCACAUCCCAGACAACUAUCCCGAUGGAGAUUGCCCAAGGGUGGUGUUUGAUAUUCCAAUCUUUCAUCCCUUAGUGGAUCCAGUAUCAGGAGAGCUGGAUGUCAAGAGAGCGUUCACGAAGUGGAGACGGAACCACAACCACAUCUGGCAGGUGCUGAUGUACGCGCGCGCCGUCUUCUACAAGAUCCACACCGUGGAGCCGCUCAACCCCGAGGCUGCCGUCCUGUACGAAAAAGAUGUUCACCUGUUCAAAAGCAAGGUGGUAGACAGUGUGAAACUAUGCAACAGCCAUCUCUUUGACCAGCCUAAGAUGGAUGAUCCGUAUGCAAUAAGCUUCUCUCCGUGGAACCCAGCUGUUCAUGAUGAAGCAAAGCAGAAGAUGUUCACACACAAAAGACGGCCUGAGGAUCAACACAAGGGGCUGCAGGUGUCAGGACUGUCGUGGGUGAAGCCGGGUUCCGCGCAGCCAUUCAGCAAAGAGGACAACCCUCUCCAGGCAUAAGCCUGCACUUUUAUAUAUUCACCACCAGAGGGCACCGCCAACACGAGACGUACUCCACUUGAUAACCGAUGCAUCUUUACAGAACUUCCGUGUGAAUAGGUUCUAUGAACUUCAUUUUAGUUCACUUCACUUUUUCUGGCCUUGAAAUUAAUUGCUUCCUGUAUGGAAAUAAGAGAUAGAACCAGGUUCCCCUUUUCUGUGAAAUGGAAAUGGAUUGUGGUGAAUAUUUGCUUGUGGCCUCAGGAUUUAGGAACGUCAGUUUUUGAGAUUUUUGUUGCAUAACUUGAACCUAUGAAAAUUGCUACAGACAUUUCAACAUUUUUUAAAUUUAAUUAUGAAGUUUGUGAUUUAAAAAUAUUAAAACGUUCUUUUAAAUUAGAAUUUUUCUUAAUCGGUAUGUUUGUUAAAUACAUACAGAUACUGUAUGUUAAAUGUCUUAAAUUAUUUCAGUAGAUAUGGACAUGGAACAUAUGGCUUGAAUAUGCAUAAGUUGAUGGUUAUAUAGGCAUUUGUGUGUCUUUUACAAUUAAUUUUGUGUGUGUGUGAGAGAUUUAUCCUUUGUGAAACUGAGGUUUCAGAUGUAUAACUGUAAUGGAUUUGUGAGAAUGGUUGGCCUACCAGCCCUAUCUGACAGGAUAUCAUUUUGCUGUAAACUGCGUAUUGGGCUCUGGUUAUCUGUAGCUGGGAAUGUUUGAUAAGUAUUAUUUUUGAAGUUUCCAGUUUCACAGUAUCCAGAACAUUAUUCAACCAAAUUAUUACUGCAAAUUUAGUUCACUUUACUUUUUCCCCUUGAUGAAAAGACCUCAGACAUAUCUGAGAUGCUGUUGUGUACAGGUGGUGUGUUUUUAACAAGAAAGCUAUACUUUAGAUGAUAAUAAACAUAUCAGGUUGACAA